GUUUUAUCAAUUGUUUACAAACAGAUAAACUUUCCUUUUUUAUGUGGGCCAUGAAACAGUCUCCAAGGUCAGGGCAAAGUCCUUAAGUCUCCAAUGUCCGUGAAAAAUCUCUCAUCACUGCUCCAAAGACACUUUAAGGGGGCUUUUUCUAGAAAUGUGUCCUACGUGCAGGGGCAGGAGCCCGAGCCCAAAGUGCGGGAGUAUUUCUAUUUCAUUGAUCAUCAGGGAAUGUUGUUCCUAGACGAUUCGCGGAUGAAAAACUUCACGUCCUGCUUCAAGGAAAAGAAGUUUCUGAGGUUCUUCUUCAAUCAGCUCAGACAGAACAACACCGACAGGUACCCAGAAUUUCCCUAUCUGUCCAUAUGUGGCAAAGAGCGCAACUUUGUGCGAUGCGACGAUUUCCCCAUAGUGUUCACUCAUGUGGUGGAAAAGUCCAGUGAACACUUUCUGGCCCAUAAUCACGCGAAUGAUUUGCUGACUGUUAAGUUCCAGCCGGAGCGCAUUUUUAUGCUACCGGAAACGGGGCGAGUGUACCAUCCAGCCCCCGAUAGGGCUGGAUCCGUAGGGCUGCUGCGUUCCAAACUGGCAAUAGAAUUCAGCAGCAAAUUCGCUUUUGCCCAUGGAGAAUCCAAGCCCCCGACCCAAUUCACUUUCAAUGGUGUUCCGUAUAAUUUGCAAGCGGACUGGUACUAUGCAGCCAUCAAAGACCGGGAAAUUUAGUAUCAGCUUAUUUAUUUUUGUAAAACAGUGUAACAAGUCAAAAAUAUACAUAUUAAAAGCAACUAGCCAAUAUUGCGCAUUGCGCUGUAAA